CGUGGUCUUCGGCGCGUCGGUCACGCCAGGUGUUGUUACCUGUCCCGCUACCUGUUCGCUCCGCGUGUCCACCGUUGCGAACACUAACACGUACACGAGCGCAACGUGCAACGUAUUAUAAACGAGGAAGAGAGAGAGAGUGAGAGGCGAGAGGAGAGAGAGAUGCGCCCGCUGUUCCGCAAUGUUCCACGCGGCCAAGUCGCGGUGCUCUCGCUGGUGUUGUUGCUAAUGCAAAACUGCGGAGCAUCCCCGACGGAGCCGAACGUGACUAGCGCUAUUCCGAAGGAUGACGGGGAGGAACUACUGGCAAACAUGAAUCUGACGUUAUUCAAGGAGAGAUUCCCAAGAUUGAUACCCUACAUGACUUUUUACGUCGCCAAUAACUACGUGAACGGGCAGGCCGCGCUGGCGCAAAAUUAUGCGAAGGAGCUGUCGGGCACUCUGCCCCGAAAAAUUCCGCAACAACAUCUGCAACAGCAGUUGCAGCAUUCUUUGCUUCGGCUGACCGGCAUCCCGAGGAGAGGCGGCGGUAACAAGUAUCACGUCGGUUCUCCUAACCAGGACGCAAAGUUCAUCCCAUCCGUGCAAUUCGAUCCUAGGAACAUCGGCGGCGACAACGACUACUUUUCACCGGUCAAGUACAACGCCAAGAUCAACUACGCGGACUACUCGACUCCGACCUAUCAGCAGGUCUUUCAGGUCCAAAAGAUCUAUCCCGAGAUCACCACGCCUUCCAGUCAGAUCCUGCACAAGCAAAAUCGAUACUACAUCGCAAGGCCGCUCCGGCCGCCCGCGAGAGAGCACCUGCUGAAGAAACCGCUAGUGGUCGACGGUCCGCAAGACGAUUACGACCAGGAUUACGCGGCGAGGCCGGCCGUCGCCUUUAAUUACCCGAGCAACGAAUUCGAGGGACCAAGAUACGUGUCGUCGCCGGUGCAGCAACCGGCGGUGGUGAAGCAGCAGUACGAAACGGCCGAGAGGAAGCCGUCGCUCAUCACGGCGGUUUACCGAAAGCCGAGCGUAAAUCUGAACAACCUAAUCGAGAGCUUCCAAUUGUCCGAACGACUGCCGGAGAGGCUGAACAAAGACAACAUUGACAACAGCAUAAAGGCGCUCGUGGAGAUCCUCAAUAUCCUGCACAAUUCGCGAAAGGAGGACUUUCCGCAAUCGCAAGGGCCGCCGCCGCCGCCUCAAUUGAACGGCUACGAGAAUUACAAGCCAAAGACGCGGCCGAAGGUGAUCACGGAGACGAAGUUCCAGGUGACGCCGAAUCCCCUGUACAUCACUGACGACCCCGAGCGACACAAGACCACGGAAUACGUGGACGACGUGCCGAUCAAGGCACAGGUACAGCCUGAUUACAAUCACGUGAAGGACGAGAAGGUGGAAUAUUACGUUCCGUACGUUCAGGAUAUUUCGAACGACGCGAAGCAAGGAUUCAGGCCGACCGUGAGACCCGACGCGCCCACCGACCACUCCUACGAGAUCACGGAGGACGUCGACGACGACAUCCUGCAGGACGGACGGUACGCUUUGCCAAUUUCCACCGAGGCGUCUACCAACAAGGGCUACGUGGCGCCGAAUGAAAUUGCACCCUCGGAAAUGAAAAUGCCGAAGACGUCGGCGAAGUACGGUGCGACGCGCGGUAAACCGAGCGUGGACUACCCGGCGUACGCGACUAUACCGGAAACCUCCUUCAGCUGCAAGGAACAAAGGUACAAGGGAUUCUUCGGCGACCCGGCGACCGGAUGUCAAGUAUGGCAUUAUUGCGAUCUAAACGGCGGCAAGUCGUCGUUCUUAUGCCCGAACGGUACAAUAUUCAGCCAGAUAGCAUUGACCUGCGACUGGUGGUUUAACGUGAAAUGCGAGACGACUACUCAGCUGUACGUGCUGAACGAACGAUUGUACAAAUAUAUCUUGCCAAUUAUGCCAAAGUUCCCGGAGGAUUUCACCGGUCCGGAAGUAGAUCGAUAUUUGGAGCUCAAGUUUAAAGAGAUGGAGGCGAAACUAAAAGAGAAGAAACUCAAGAAGCAACAAGAGGAAAAGAAUAAGCAAAAGGGGAAGUCGCAAACGACGGACGAUGACGACGACAACGAUGAGUAGACGUGUAGCGUCACGCGCUGAAUAAUUUAGUCUCUAUGUCUGACACACAUUGUAGGUGUCUCGUUGCCAUUACGAUAUACAUAAACAAGAAAAACCCAUCGUGGAUUGUGACACCGCCUUGCAAUCUCGAAAAAAGUGCAAUAUGUGUAUGAUAGAGUUAUAUGUGAUUUAACGAUAGGGAGGAUCGCGCGUAAAAAGUUAUAGUUAGAUUAUCGCGAUCACUGUGUACGGGUAUGAAAUGGCUGAUGAUAUAUUAGAUAUUUCUUGUACUCCCUCUAGUCAUAUGCGUAUUGUGUACUAUUUAUGACCGAAAGUGCUCGCCCGUUUGGCGUGAGCGCUAUCUCUUUCGAUCUACGGCCGACGAAUAGUGCUGUAUGUUGUCGCAGCACAAUGUAAAUCUCAUAAUUUUCGUAUUUCAACGGAAAACAGUAACAGUUGAAGUACGCGCGAUGCGCACCGAGAGAAUGUAAUCAAUAUUUUCCUCGCGUAUAUAUAUCGUCCGUAAAAAAAAUAUAUCGGACAUAUUCGUCAUUUGUUAUAAAUAUAUUAAUAUAUAUGUAUGUAUGUAUGUAUAUGUAACCACACACUUUCUUUGUGGCGAUCAAUGUUAUGUUUAGUAUACGUCUAAAUCUAAAGUAUGUAUCUCAAUGAUAUAUCUACGAGAAUGUGACUUGACUAUUUACUUGUAAUUUAUCAAGAGUCACUGCAAAAUCACAUUAAAAUAGUGAGCAAUACAUUAAUCUGAAUAUUACUAUGAUCAUUAAAUAUUAUUAUAUAUAAAUAUUAUAUACAAAUAUUACUAAAGAAACAAUAUAAUUCUUUCUACGUGUACCUAAUAUUUUAUUAAAUUUUUAUUUUAUUAAAUUUUUACCUAGUAUUUUAUUAAAAUCUUUAAUAAAUUUAUUUAUUAGUUACUUCCUAACACAUGCUCGUCUCGUGUCAAUUGUAUGAACGGUUUCCAAAUAAAAAUACUUGAUGAAUAUAGGUACUCACCUGUUUAGUCUGGAUGACUCUUUGCAGAUUGUCGGUGAUUUUGUGGCUG